AAUAUUCAUAAAACUAGUAUUUUACACAUAACUAAUGUCCGAUUCUUCUGAUGACGAAGACCUUUCGAGGUUCCGCGAGGCUGUCGAUACUUCAUUCACUAAACUCAUCAAUGAAACUCGCGGUAUACCACAAAAAGAUGUAAAAAAACCUGUUUCCGAGAGGUAUUUGGAAACCGCCAGCCAUUACAACGAUGUGAAGGUGCCGGAGAAAAUGCAAAAACAGAUUGGUGUGAAGAUCUCCAAGAUUAUUGAAAAGAAUGUCGAAUUUGUAGACAUGGAGGCCAAUGGAGUGAAAAAACGUAAGAUCAAAGGUGGCGUGAAACUGUUCUCCGACUCAGUUGAUUACCUCUCACCGGAGGCUGCAGUGGACACGUAUGCCGAGACACACAAUGCACGGUCUAGGGAAAUGAUGACACAGAAGCGGCAGCGUGAAGAAAAACAAGUAGAUGAAAAUGACAAAAUAGCAACAGUGGCAGUAACAGGCGAGUAUGUUUUAUCCAAAGAAGAAACAAAAUGCUGGAAAUCUAGACGAAAAGAAAAACUUUUCAAAUACAAGUCCCAAAAAAACAGCAAAAUUUUAACCGCUAUUGAAUAGUUUCCAAAAUAAAACAAGAG